GGUCAAUUCCGACAUCUUUAUAUCUGAACGAAGUAACAUGGCCUGUUUAAAGUCGUACGUAUACGACUAUCAACUGACAGAACUGACAGUAGUACUCAAUUGAGAAGAAUCGCGUACUUGCGGGGCAUUUUUGAGACCGAUAGGAAGUUAUCGUAAUAGUCGAUAGUGUUUUCAGCUGGUGGAAGCACAUUGUAGUAAGAUACCGACUUCACCAUCAUCGAACCGUUUCGUGAUACGCAACGAUAAAUAAUUAUGGGACAAACACUCUUGCUGAUAUGGAAAAACGGACUACUCAAGCUUCGGCAACCCGUCGCACUCUGUGUUGAGCUCCUCAUGCCGCUACUGCUGAUUGCGAUAGCUGCGGGUGUCAAGUCUACUUAUGUAAUCAAAUACACUAUCAGAGUCGUAUAAUCAUCGGAGCUGUACCCGUAUCGGCUUUGUGAAAGUCAUGUGACAAUGUCUUUCAACUCCUGUUAUCUUAUUGCCUGAUUAGGCAAGCGUUGCCUUCUACGGAUAUCCCCGAGAGUAUGCGCCGUUCUUUCUCGUUGCCCGCAUUCUACAACGCAAGCGUACAGCGCACCUCAGACGACAUCACUACGGCAUCUCUCUUGUUUACGCGCCCUAUAGCCUACACACCCACCGGGGGACAAGUUGAUGAAGUGCUAGACAUUGUCCGGGCGAGUGUGCUUGAGCUGGUGGGCUUCAAUGCGUCGUUUGUGGGCUUUGAUACUGAGGAUGAAAUGCUCAGUUAUGCGGUCGAGGCCAACGAGCAACUGCAGCUGCUUGCUGCUCUGAGUUGGGCAAAUAUAGACCAGCCCAACACCCCACAGGCGACUAUCCCAGCUGCUGCAGAGUACACCAUCCGACAGGAUGAGGAAGCGACGUACGAGACAGACAGUCAGUUCCCAGAGAGGAUACCUCUGGGCCCGCGCACAGGGCGGCGGUAUCAACAAUUAGGGUUCGUGAUGAUACAAAACAUGGUUGAUCAGGCUAUUAUUCAGCAGAAAUCGGGGCUGCCAUUAGUCCCAAUUCAAGUGAUACAGCAGCCUGCUCCCUAUCCGGCUUAUACUGAAGAUGACUUCGCUCGGGGUCUGGGCUUUUUCCUGCCGCUGUUCACCGUGUUCUCAUUUCUCUACCCCUGCGCCAUGAUCACCAAAAACUUAGUAAUGGAGAAGGAGUUACGUCUCCGUGAAGCUCAGCGAUUGAUGGGCUGCAAGAACCGCACCUUCUGGUUCAGUUGGUGGGUAGUCUCGUUCAUGAUUCUGGGUUCGUCCACGGCCUUUGUUGGCAUGAUGCUCUUGCUGACAAAGGUAGUCAGCGACACCUCAGCUGCAGUGAUAUACAUCCUGUUGUACUGCAACGUGUUGGCCACCAUCUCUUUCGGGUUUAUGGUCAGCAGUUUCUUCUCCCGCGCAAAAGUAGCAGCCGCCAUGGGUGCAUGUUUGUACUUCAUAUUCUACAUCCCGUACUUCUUCAUAUCGCCUAACGCGCGCUACGACUCACUGGGGAAUGGUGCUAAGUUGUUGGUCUCGUUUUUCUCGCCCACGGCGUUUGGAUUGGCCACCAAGGUCAUCUCGGGGUACGAGGAACAGGGAAAAACCCUGGACAUGAGCAACUUUAACGAGCCCGCCACCUUCAACGACGACUUUACCGUGGCCAUGGCGUGUGCAAUGCUUUUAAUAGACACAGUGCUGUACUUCCUGAUCACCAUGUACCUAGACAAUGUGUUCCCAGGAACGUACGGUAUCCCGCAGAAGUGGUACUACUUCGUUAGCCCAACUUACUGGCGAGGCCCGAAGGGCGGGCAAAUAACCGAAACCGACGAUGUGGAUGGAGCAGUGGAAGGAGAUGAUAUGGAGAGAGUAUG